AUGGGAAAUUCCAAAUCAAUAAAUACACGUAAAUACUUACUCUUCAUUAAUACUACUCCAUCUAUUAUGGCUGGGCCACUUCACCAUCCUGCAAGUCGUCGUCAAUAUAUUCAGCGAAUUCCCGCCUACCUUCCAGUGGAGGCUACCAAAGUUUCCUACUCACCAAUCGGUUCCUGGAGAACCGGGAGUGUGGACAGCAAGAGUGCAUCGAUUUCUUCCGGCUAUGGAACUCCGAAAGCAUGUCAAAUGGAUAGCUGCUGUCACCAUCAUUCGUCAGCGUCUGGUUUCUCUUCCUCCGAAGCUGCACCCAUCAUCUACCUCAAACAUAGCGAUUCGAAUAAAAGCUCUGACACUUUGGUUGAGGACAAUUUUUGCACGGGAAAAAAGAGGUCUUAUAAUGCAAUUAAGCAGAAAUCAGGUGAAAUAUGCCAUAUCCACUCCCGCGAAAACUCCGUGCCUUCGAAUCGUUAUUAUCCAGACUUUAAUCCGCCAGUGCCAUGUCGUCGUCAUGAAUCCGGUAGACAACCAGUUGCAGAAAAUAUUAGGUCUCUUGAGAAGCAUCAGCGAUCACCUCAAGUUUAUAUGAGGCAUGCUCAUCAGGGUGACAAGCACCGUCAUGACUUCUGCCCUGAUCAUAGGCGUCAUCAGAAUGUUUCGCGUCACUCCAUGUACCUAGCCUCUGAUAGCAAUGAAUCGUGGAAGGAUAGUAAAGAUGAUUAUUGGCCAAUUGGUCUAAAUUACCCUCCUAGUCACACCAAGCUUGGCAAUUGGAAAUCGGAGAUCAAUCUAUUCGAUCCACAAAGGUUCAAAGUUGAUGUCAGCACACUUGAUGAGGAAGCCACUCAAAUCUACAAUGAAAUUCUGGACGUUGCAGGCAGUUUAGCUUACGAAGAUCAGAAGAUAAAAGAUGCUGAAAAACGUCUUUCAGGUGUGAAUCAGGACCAAAGAAAGUUACAACAAAGAUACAAAUCAUUUAAUCCCCAAAAUGGGUCCUUUGAAAAGGCCGCCUCUCGACCAUUUCCAAGACCUUUGGACAGCAGUCUAUAUUACGUUUUUAGAAGGAGAUCAAGGAGGUCAGAUUAUGAGCGCACACCAACAAACGCCCCUUCUCCAUGGGUACUCAAUGGUCACCAAAUCAAGCAUGCCCAAGAAACAGGCAUUUACACACCCGACAGUGAUACUGAAAGCGCCUUAGCAGCCUUAGAUAAUGCUGUCAACUUUGACUUUCAAUUUCCAUCAGCCACUAAUGAACGGAAAAAAAGCAUAUCCUCAGGCCCUAUACCAAUAAUCCGCGAAUACAUUGGAGAAACUGAAGACGAUUGGUGGAAGCUUCAGGCUCGCAACUUCAAUGGUAAAGAAAGUCCAACCACGUACAGUGUGAUCGAAAUUGACGAAAGCAGUGAGGAGGAGGAGGAGAAUAGGAGGAGGGUCGUAGCUCUGCCUUUGGAUGAGGUCGAAAAGAAUCUUCUCACUCCCAUUCAUGCCCUCCAUAUUGGCUCUCUGAACCAAAAUAGUGGCAGCUUCUCAGAAUUAACACCCAUAGAUGACUUGAGCUAUAUGUCAGAUGUUGAUAUCUAG